CCUUUCAACAACAUUUCUUUGACGCAUUUGCACUCCUCCUCACUGAGCACAUUUCUUGCAUCUCAUCAGCAGCACCCAAGCAGUCAUUUAGAGUUCAGUAAGAACUUCAGAUGACAAACACCACAGUAAAUAUCGAGCACAAUGAAGCAACACUACUUCUGUGGGUCCUGUUUCUGUUUGGAACCUACUUUACCACAGAGGCAGUCCCUGACACGACCCCCACUACCAUGGGCAACAUAACUACAGCAGCAGCCACCUACAUGGCCUUUCCAUACAACCCUGUGAACUUAGUGUCCAUGUCUGUCCUCCAUCUAAAACAUUCUCUCCCCCUCACUGGGACCUUCAGCCUGAGUGACAACAAAGGCAAAGUGUGCCUUAAGGUCGUCAUGGGAGUGCAGUACACGAUAACGAAAAACAAGAAAAUAUCAUAUUUCAAUCUUGACCCCCCCUCCACAGAGGCAACAGGAGUUUGUGGGGAAAAUAUUUCCUUUCUGACGCUAAAAUUUAAAACAGGGAAUCUUGGGCUCACCUUUAACAAGGAUGGAAAUGUUUCAUACGUAACCACUGUGAAUGGCAGUUUGGAAAUAUCUGCAUGCAAAAGCUGUAAGAGUCAGCUUUUUACAGGUGUUAUCAGCAAUAGGACAUUGUUCCAAGCGGCAAAUGGAUUUUCCUACAAGUGUAACAGCCCAAGGAUACUUCUUCUGGCAGAAAAUUUCAGAAUCAAGAUAGUAAAUGUCCAAGUUCAAGCAUUUGAUAUAAUCGAUGGCCAAUUUGGAAUGGUGGAAGAGUGUUGGCCAGAUUACCACAAAAGAAUCCUUCCCAUCAUCCUGGGGGCCACAGCAGUGGGGAUGGGCUUGAUUGUCAUCCUAACAUUCCUGGUUGUCCGAGACAAUCGGCCCCAAGGCUACGAGAGAAUCUAAUAUGACAUUGCAGACCUGACUGUUCUACAUCAUUAGCAUUUUUUUCAAUGCCUUU